AGCCUUGUGACUCCUCGCCUUCAGACUUGGAUAUUGGGGAUUGCUCUCGUCGAGGCGCGCCGCUCCUUAAUCUUUCUUUCUCCAUUGGAUUAUCAUCCCCAGCAGGAUUCCGGAUCGCCGCCGGGAUGAGGCUGAUGCCCAUGGCCCUGGUCUACCUGGGCGCCCUUUCUUUCCUGGCAGUGGACUCUGCGCCCUUGGACGUGGCUUCGGAGUUCAGAAAGAAAUGGAACAAGUGGGCGUUGAACCGAAGGAAGCGGGAGCUGAGGGGGGCCACGAGCCCCUCGGUCGGGGCGAUGGGUGAAGCAGCAGCGGCCCGGCCCUUGGAGACUUUCGUCCGCCCCCUGGACGUCAAGGGGUCCGGCCCGGGCCCACAGUCCAGGAGCCCGGACGCCUCCCGCAUCCGCGUCAAGCGCUACCGGCAGAGCAUGAACGGGUUCCCGCACUUCCAGGGCCUGCGGCUGGGCUGCCGCUUCGGGACGUGCACGGUGCAGAAGCUGGCGCACCAGAUCUACCAGCUGACCGACAAGGACAAGGAUGACACCGCCCCCGCCAACAAGAUCAGCCCCCAGGGCUACGGCCGCCGCCGCCGCCGCAGGAGCGCCCGGGCACCAGUGCAGCAGCACCGGCUGCAGGAGCCGCUACAGGAGGAGUUGCAGCUGCAGGAAGAGCGGCUGCAGCUGCAGGAGCCCCUCCAGGAGAAGCUGCAUCUGAAGGAGCCCCUACGGGAGAAGUUGCAGCUGCAGGAAGAGCGGCUGCAGCUGCAGGAGCCCCUGCAGGAGAAGUUGCAGCUGCUGGAGCCCCUACAGGAGAAGCUGCAUCAGAAGGAGCCCCUGCGGGAGAGGUUGCAGCUGCAGGAGCCCCUGCAGGAGACGUUGCAGCUGCAGGAGCCCCUGCAGGAGAAGUUGCAGCUGCAGGAACCCCUGCAGGAGAGAUUGCAUCUGCAGGAGCCCCUACAGGAGAAGUUGCAUCCGCGGGAGAGGUUGCAGCUGCAGGAAGAGCGGCUGGAGCUGCAGGAGCCCCUACAGGAGAAGUCGCAGCUGCAGGAGCCCCUACAGGAGAAGUUGCAGCUUCAGGAGCCCCUACAGGAGAAGUUGCAGCUGCAGGAACCCCUGCAGGAGAGACUGCACCAGCAGGAGCCCCUACAGGAGAGGUUGCAGCUGCAGGAGGGGCGGCUGCAGCAGCAGGAGCCCCUACAGGAGAAGUUGCAUCUGAAUGAGCCCCUGCAGGAGAGGUUGCAGCUAAAGGAGGAGCGACAGCAGCUGCAAGAGUCCCUGCAGGAGAGGUUGCGGUUGCAGGAGAGGCUGCAGGGCACCGUCCCCUCUCCGAUGUCGCUCCGAUUGCGCGGGGAUUUAGGGGGCGGGGGCGGCCCCCAGACUUUGGCCGAGGCAUAAAAACCCGCCCUCGCCCGUGCGUGAACUGGGGCUCAUCGGAGCUUUUUGGGGGUACCGGGAUGAGGAGGGGGCCGCGGCCGACCCCAAGCCAAGGAGCAGCUGCCGCAGAGCAACCUAAAGCGCCCGGGAUCCUGCCCCCCUCCACCUGGGGGGUCACCCACCCCCGAACCCCCUUUUCCCCCCCAAGCUGUGACCUGUGACCGACCCAAAGGGGCAAAGGCCGUGCCGAGGGCGCGGAAAGAGGAGACAGAGGAGGAGAAGAAAGGAUCCUCUUCCCCGGGGAGGCCUGCAAAAGUUACCCGGGGCUCCCCAAAGCCCGGAGAACCGGCGCCUUGAGGGGACCCCCCCACCCCGAGGGGGCUAGCGAGUCGCAUUAUACUUGAACUUUUCAGAAUCCAGAGAGGAAAAGUGCAAUGGCCGAGUUUUAAUUAUACGUGUUGUACAUACAGAGGUAACUAUAACUAUCAGAUAUUUAAGUUUUCUGUUGCUGUCUUUUUUGGGGGGGGGCUGGGGGGGGGACC